AUGGAUGCCGUAUCAUCUCGGACUUCGCUCCAAGCGGAUCUCAUUGCUGAUCUCUUCAAUUCCCAUCCUGCUAGUCAGAAUUUUCCAGUUGUCCCUGCGACAUGUUAUUUCUAUCAUGCUGACCUCGGACCCACGAACAUCAUUACAGUUGGAGAUGGUUCUGUAAUUGGUGUUUUGGACUGGGAAUCUGCCGGAUACUCCCCAAAAUUCUGGAUUGCUACCAACCGCUUGUUUCUGCUGGACUCUUCUCGCCUCCGGGUUCCGAGAGUAGAUUGGCUUGGAUCGAGCUUCUUGCAAGCGCGCUGGAGGAAGAGGGGUUUCUGCGGAGAAUUGACCGAUAUGAGACUUCGAGGAACGUUGUGCUGUCUCCAAAUCUAA